CAAAAAAAAACAACUCACCCUCGAGCGUCACGGCCCUGUGCAGCAGCAGUGCUUUCCAGUCACGAAGAGAGAGAGUGGGGCUGAACGGGAAGCAAUACCACCGCCCUUUCCAUCCAGCAUCUUCGCCAACCAACACUGAAAACGAGUGGGACCACAUAAGUACAGUCAGAGUGUCCUCCGGUAACCAGAGGUUCCCUUCUCCUCGUCAGAAUGUCCGUGAGCACAGACUUUGGGAACCCUUUAAGAAAAUUCAAACUCGUCUUUCUGGGGGAGCAGAGUGUUGGAAAGACGUCCUUGAUCACACGGUUCAUGUAUGACAGCUUUGACAACACGUAUCAGGCUACAAUUGGAAUUGACUUCCUGUCGAAAACCAUGUACUUGGAAGACCGAACGCUUUCUCUCUCUGAACCUCAGGUGAGGUUGCAGCUCUGGGACACAGCGGGACAAGAGCGCUUCAGGAGCCUCAUCCCCAGUUAUAUACGGGACUCCACUGUGGCUGUGGUGGUCUACGACAUUACAAAUGUUAAUUCAUUCCAGCAGACGUCAAAAUGGAUUGAAGACGUGAGAACAGAGAGAGGAAGCGAUGUCAUCAUUAUGCUCGUCGGCAAUAAAACAGACCUGGCAGAUAAAAGGCAAAUCACAAUUGAGGAAGGUGAACAGAGGGCUAAAGAGCUGAGUGUCAUGUUCAUAGAGACCAGUGCCAAGACGGGUUACAAUGUCAAACAGCUGUUUCGGCGCGUGGCAGCUGCUCUUCCAGGGAUGGAGAGUAUGCAAGAAACAAGCAAAGAAGGGAUGAUCGACAUCAAGCUGGACAAAGCGCAGGAGCCCCAGACGACUGAAGGCGGCUGCUCCUGUUAAUACUCAUCCCCCAGCCUGAACAAAAACAAACCUCAUUUACACCUCCUGCUUGUUAUGUUGCUUCCUGUUGGUGAACCUGCAGUUGACUUUGCACGCUGAGAGUCUGGCCUCCUCACCUGACUACUGGUCAUCGGUUGGAGCUAGUAGUAUGUGAAUUUGAUUCUAAAGUAGUGUAGCCUACUUUGUUAAUGAAACUGCCAAAAAGUCUUACAACUUGCAAAAAAAAGUGAAAAAAGAUCCACAAGUCACAUAUUAUGUGUAUACUUUUUUUUAAGUAGAAAAGAAAACUUCCCCAAUUUCUUUUGUAUUUUUAUAUGUUCAGAGAAAUCUCUCUCUCUUUUUUUUUUUAUGCAAACAACUCGGCUCUGUAUUGAGAGCUUGAUAAGAAGAGGUGGUCUUAGAUGUAUUCUUAUGGAUGCCACUGUUGUUAUGGGCAAAGAUGUAAACCCUGACCAUAUUCUAACUGUUACCUAACAAUUAACGAAGCCUUUUCAACUUUAUACUUAGGCUUAGCAGUUUUCGAGACUCAUUGCCUAAACAUAUUCUCAGCCAGUCAUAGAACUUCUGCCCAUAGUUCUGGUUGGAUCCAUGAUUUUGCGUUACAGGGCAAACUGAAACAACAUCUUGAGUAUCUAAUGCAUGCCUAGUUUUUGAGCGUAGGUACUGUCUAACAGUUUUGAAUAUGUAAGUGGUAACGGUGACUUAAUGCGCUCCGAUCUAGUCUUUUUGUUUAUAAAUACUGUUUAUUUGGAUUUGUAUACUUGACUUCAGAACAUCUUUUGUCGUGCGCGUGUAGGUGUGUGCUUUCUGUAUAGGCAACGUUACAAUGCGGUUAUAUAGAGGGCCACUGCCGAGUCCUGUCACUGCGGCCACAUUACGGCACCAUGUAGAUCACCAUCCCCCCACUCACAACAAUAUGACAGCUGCUGUUGCAUUGUGUGAUAUCUUGGUAGUUGUGAUUAUGAUAAUCUGCACAUAUAAAUGAGCAGUGGAGACUCAGAGCCCUCACCUUGUAUCACACGAGAACAUGGACACAUUUAAAUGACAGUUUAACAUUGUAAACCCUGUUCAUUCCUGACAGAAGACUAAUUUGCACAUGUGAACAUUUCAGGUUAACUCCAUUUUAAAUGUGCUGUCACUUAAUUCAAGACCUGUGCAGUUGUCAUAGGAACCGUAACAUGUCCCCACUGGGACGAGGUUUUCUUUGCUGCUGGUGUUUAAACUGACUACUGAUGUUGGCAUUAUGCAAUGUUGUUUAAGUUUGGUCUUUUUUUUUUUUUUUUUUGUACAACUUGAGUCUGGCAUCAUAGCGUACUGGUGGUGAAGGCAGCCAGUGUCGAGAACACUACUUUGAUUUGACUUGGCUAUGAAGUGACUUGUUUCUGCACUUUUACAGAACAUUUUAGAAUUAGAGUGACAAUGUAAGUCUUCGAAACAUGGUUAAAAAAAGCAUUGUUUUUACCUCCAGAAUGUUUGGAGUGUUGUAGAGUAGAAGAAAAUAUGUAGGAAUUGUUCACACGUCCAAAAAAGAGGAGCACUCUUGUGAAAACUGGUGAAUCUUUCCAACCCACAUAAUGAACCAAAUGAUCAUCAUAAUAAGAGACAGAGUAGGAUAAGAAAUCACAGGAGAUCUAGACUGGAACAUGCUCUGUGGUGUCGUUGGGAAUGACAAAUACACAUUGCAUUUCAGGUUUGAAUCAGUUGAACUGACAAAAAGUCUAAUGUAUCAUCCAUCUGUUGCUGCCUAUUUAUUAUUGCAAAACAGAAAUGUAGUCCUCAUUACUGACCACACAGCCUUGUAAAUAGAGCACUUCUUGAGAAAUGGCUCAGUGGGAGUUUCUUUUUAAAUGAUGAAAACAUGAUUCAUGGGUAGCUGUAGACACUCCUUUGUAUUUAUUCUCCCUACAUAUGAAAGUAGAGUCCGCCUUUGUUUGCGAAAGGCCCAUCCUAACAUUCCCUGGAAAUGGACCACGUAAUGAACAGGUGUCUUUGGAUUUGAGGAUGGAAGCCAUGGUCAUUUCUUGAGCGUGUGUGUGUCCUGUCAAAGCUCUGUGCAGCAGACCUGAUCAGUCCAGAGCUGGUUCUCCAUUCACACUGUACAGAGAUCUAGCAUGUCUCUCCAAAUGAUUAAUAAAGAUGUCUUAUUACCAAA